GACAAGUUGACGUCCGUGACCAACGUCAUUCAUGUCGACGCCGUACUUUACCCAACUCGCAGCGUUCGUCUCGCCCGCCGGCUCACGUGCUGCCCACUUCCUCAGCCUGCAGCCUAAACUUUCCCCGGCUCCGCCAGCACCGAGCGCGGAACCGCUGUGGACGGACACCGGCUCGGCAUGCAAAUACGUCCUCUGACGUCGGCGGUCAUGUGGCUUUUGGCGUAGAUCCUCCUAGUGAUCGCCAGUUUUCGCUUUUCUGUCGCCUGUUGUCGGUCCCGUCUCGGAAGCACCGACUAUACGGAGGCAGUGCGAGGAUCCGGACUCGGACCUGAGCAUCACAACAGACCGCGGAUCAGGAGGCGUCCUGUGUGGAAUGUCCAGGAGGUGUGUCUGCACUGGAGCUGACACUGUCAGCGGGUCCAGCCUGCACCGAUACCGUCUCACCUCUACCAGACCUUCACCUUCUGCUGCCCCGCUCACUCUCUCCAGGGAUUGAUCCUGCCCCUGGGAAGAGCCCGACUUCUCUCCUCAUCCGUUCUGUCCCACUCUGACUCUGCACAUCUGCAUACCAGUAAAAGACAUUACUCUUUUGCCGCCCUGCCUCCUGCUCCCCGCCUCGCUGCCGUUACACCCCUGGCUGAGUACAAACAGCAGGUUAGGGCCGCUGUCCUCCAGGACGAACCCCGCUGUCAUCAUGUCCAGUCGCCGCAAGGCUUCCACUCCAUGUAUGAUUCGACAAGAGAAGACCAUGGUGGAGCUCGAUGAUGACGCUGAUGAGUCACUGGAGAUUAUCAGGGAGAACCAUGUGGAGGAGUAUCCUAUGGAAACAGAACCCUCCAAAGAGGCUGAACCGCCUAUGGACCUGGACCUGAUGGACAAGACCUCUGAGCCUCUGGUGACGUCAGACAUCUCAGCGUCUGACGCGUCAGAUCUCUCCAAGCCCUCGCACAAGCAGCAGGGGGGUUACGAGUGCAAAUACUGCCCCUUCUCCACACAGAAUCUCAACACUUUCAAAGAGCACGUGGACACCAACCACCCCAACGUCAUCCUCAACCCGCUCUACCUGUGCGCCGUUUGCAACUUCAACACAAAGAAAUUCGACUCUCUGACGGAACACAACGAGAAGUGUCACCCGGGGGAGAGCAACUUCAAGUUCAAGCGCACCAAGAUGAACAAUCAGACCGUUCUGGAGCAGACGAUCGAGGGCUGCGGCAGCAACGCGGUCAUCUAUAACUCCUCCGGUGCUGGCAAAGUAGACGAGCUCCCCUUCAGCAAACCUUCCACAGUCAAGAUGGGGAAACCAAAAGGAACGACUGCUGACGCUAAACGGACAGAGUUGAGUGCUUUGACCUCUGACCUGACCAAGAAGCCAAUCACAGCAGUCAACGUGAACGGCACAGUUAUCUUCCCAGAGUCUGCGCUCCUGAACGCUGACAGCCUUUCUCACAUCAUGCCUUCCCUGCAGCGGCCUCUCAACUUCACACAGGUGCCGAAGAUUGCCGUGCCCCUCAACACCACCAAAUACAAUCCCUCUCUGGACGACAACCUGACGCUGAUCUCCUCCUUCAACAAGUUUCCUUACCCCACACAGGCGGAGCUUUCCUGGCUCACUGCCGUCUCCAAACACCCAGAGGAGCAAAUCAAAGUCUGGUUCACCACACAGAGGCUCAAGCAGGGAAUCAGCUGGUCACCAGAGGAGGUGGAAGAGGCCAGGAAGAAAAUGUUCAAUGGUACAAUCGCAUCUGUACCUCAGUCCUUCACUGUCGUAGCCCCACCCCUAAAGACCACAUCAUCCACAAACUCAUCCGUGCAGACCUCGGCCUCCAAAACGGCGCAGCCUGCAGCUUCUCUGCUCCAGUCCCUGCCCUGUCAGCUGCUUGGACAGACCAGUCUGGUGCUGACGCCCGUGGCCAACGGCUCCACUGUCACAUGUGCACCACUGGCACUGACCGUGGCCAACCAGGUCGCGCAGUCACUCAAGCGUCCGCUGGCUUCUCCCGUUGUCGCGUCAGACAGCAAAAGACCUUCAAUCAUUCAAACCAUCUCUGCACCCAUGCCUACGUCAAAGGUCGUGUCGGCCAAGGUGCUGAAUUUUACCGUCGACCCCAAUAAAACGGCUGAGCAGCUCUCUGUUCUGAGGUCCAGCUACUCCCAUUGUCCCUUCCCAGAGGAAGAUGAGAUCUACAGUCUAAUCGAGACCACUGGGCUGUCCCGAGGAGAGAUCAAGAAGUGGUUCAGUGAACAAAGGCUCCUGAAUAUCAAAGGCGUCCCCCCGCCGCCUGUGUCGGUGAAGGCGGAGGUGACUCCGGCUCUGAGAGAAGCUCCUGUCAAAAAGACUGUGCCUACACAGUUCCCCCUGCUGGAGAGAGUGAAGGGGAAGUCGGCAGAGCAGCUGAAGGCGCUGGAGGAGAGUUUUCAGAAAGUCAGCUCUCCAACCGAGACGGAGCUAGACCAGCUGGCCCAGGAGACACGUCUGUCCAAGACUGAGGUGGACUGCUGGUUUUUGGAACGCCGAGCGCUGAGGGACAACAUGAAGAAGGCGUUACUCACCAUGGCCUCCAAGAACAGCGACGACAGGGGGGACAGACCCGCCGCUGUGCUCAACGGGGCGUCUCAUCGGGAGCCUGAAGGAAGAGCUCCCCGCUCCUCUCCUCACCCGCCUGUCCUCUCCUCUUCCUCGUCUUCCUCCCCUCCCGUGUUGGCCGUCUCCUCCCCCCUCCCUCCCACCCUGUCGUCCUCUGCGUCUCCCCCGAUCCUCACGUCGUCGUCCUCCUCUUCUCCCCAUCCUCCCAUCCUCUCCAUCUCCAACAGCCCAGCCCCCAUCACCAGCCGCUCACUCGCCCUGCUCAGAGAGAUGUUCUGCCGGACCCAGUGGCCAUCCCCUGAGGAGUACAGUCAGCUGGAGGUUCAAACCAGCCUGGGUCGCACUGACAUUGUGCGUUGGUUCAAAGACCAUCGGUCGGCUGUGAAAAACGGGGAAACACUGGACUGGAUGGAGGCCCAACAGAACCAGAAGUCAGAUCUGAGGAAGCCCAGCAGCGAGAACAACCACAGCUCAGAAGUCAAGACUGACAAGGCGACAGAGGCUGCGGAGAAAACGGCAGCAGUCAAAGAGUACUACAAGCUGUCCGACCAAGAUACGGUCCAGUGGCUGACAGACAGACUGGCACACAGUGUGUCCGACCUGAGCAGGGCCAAUUUGGACCAGAACAACUCGAACGGUGUGGAAAAAGGCAGGUGGGUGAAGGUCACUGUGGCGGUGGGACAGGAGAGUGAAGGACUGGAGCGACAGAAGCUGGCGACUAACACAGAGGUUCUGAACAUGGAGCAGCCCGGGAGGGUCACAGGGUGAAGACAGAACCCAGCUCCUUCCUGUGAUGUCAUCACAAAGCACUGGGGAGUCCUGCUGUUGAAGCGCUGACGUGUGGCGCGCGCACGCUAACGUUGAGAGCGAGAGAGAGAGAGUGCCAAAGCUGGACUUGACACAUUGUUCUCAAGAGACUUUUUUAAAAGAGGGACCUUUGUAAAUAUGUUUCUGAAAAAGAGCAAAGUUUGUAUAGUUUAACGGGGGUGUUUUGUUACUUUAAAAAAAAUGGUGCCCGAACUCUAGAAUGUUUUUGCUUUGAAAAAGGACCUGUAAAUGACUUGUUUGCUAGAGAACAAACUGUUUUUUUAUCACUCCCCGUAUGAGUAACGUUUGCUGGCACUUGCUUUGUUUCUUUUUCGUUGUAGUUCUUUGGCUCGCCCGGCUCAUACACACAUGUUCUCGAAGUAAAUGACCUACUCAGUACUUUUAAAAAAGGCGUUUUGUUUUCUGAGCUGCACACAGACCAACACUGCGCCACAACACCAACAAUUGAAUGUGCUAACUUGUCGUACGCUUUUACUCAGCUGGGGGGGGGGUGAACAGUACAGAAUGUACCGAGUCGUGCUUCACUCAGAGCUAUCGAGCUGGUAGCAAAGCAGCAGGAAGUGUUUGACUCACUGUUUUUCUAUGAUAAACUACAAACAUGGAAGCACCACAUGCUUGAUUUAAAAUAACAAUACCCAGAAACCUCCUUUUCAAGUUCAACAGACUUCACUCAGUGUACAGUUCUGUCGAGCCACCUCUCCUUGCACCAAGCGGUGACGGAGCGCCGCCCUCAUGGACAGCGCCGGCGGAUGCGGUCCAGCAUGGGGGCGACUCCGUUUUUUGUUUUUUUACUUAUUUUAAAGGGAUGUUUUAUCGCUGCUUUAGUUCAAGACGAUCUGGGAGACUGUACAUGGCAAUUAUGUGUGCGACAAAUAACGCUUGCAUUAUUUUCAUUUUCUACUUUCAGUCUGCUGUAACUCAAUAAAUAUAUGAUUAUACUUGUGUGUUUCGGUUUUUGACACCAAGGGGAAACUUUUGAUGGCUGUCUCACGGUUGCAAAGACCUUUUAGGAUUUGUGUUCUUUCACCCUCUGUACUGCAGCAUUGUCCUCGCUGAGCCUUUAAAAAACUAGAAAGAAUUCUUAUAAUGCAAAAGGUACAUCUCUGUUUAAGGUCCGUUUUAUUAUUGCUAUAUUAUUAGGGACUCCUGAAGUCUCCCGAGUUUUUUUACUUCUGAGGUGAUGUUUUCUCCAUUGGUUUUCUAAUGAGCACAAAAUGUAUAUAAUUUUUGUAAAUUUUAGCUCCAUUAUUAGAUCUAUUUUUUUUGUGUAUUUCAUUCUGUGCCCCAGUUUCCUUCCCUGUUUAGUAAGGCAUGAAGUGCACUAGACCUCGUACUGGGGGAAGAGAGUGUUGAAUUUAAAGUCAGCGAUCAGCCAGAAUAUGUGACUGGAUUGCUAACUUUCAGUUGAACGUGGCAACGCUGUGAAAAAUUAAACACCUUUGUUAGGAAUGAAUUAUUAACACUUGACAAAGACCUUGUUGUUCCUCCGCACAAA